CUCAGUGUGUGGGUCCUGUCCUAUGUCUUUAGGGGUCCUGAGGCCUCACUCGUCCCCUUUCAGACUGAGUGGCACUCCACCCUCAGUCUGAGACUAGUACCCUGCUACCCCCUACUACUCAGCCUGUUCUCUUACUCAGCUGUGGCUUUCUCUUUCCCUCCAUCCUAAGGAAUGGGAGCUGAGCAAAAGGCCCAGAGACGGGCUACUCCUUCUUUGGUAUUUGCCUCCCCUCUCCCUAAGGUGAAGGUUGCUUCCAUGUUUUACCUUUAGUCUUGUUGUAUGGUACAGCUCAGUUCCUUUUCCUGCAUUCCUACCCACACCCAGUGGACGGAGAAAUCCCCCUCUAGGUGUCUGGGGGGGUUCAACUUCUGGACCUAACUCCUGGAGAUCCUGGAUUCUGAGGGAGUUUUCCCCCCAAAUUCUGCAGCCUAGGCGGUAGAGGGUAGGUGGAUUGCUCAGAAGAGAAGAAAUGUGAACGUGCCACAUAAAAGACAGCUUUUAGCCUCCUGCAUCUGAAUCAGGUAUGAAUCUAUUCCCACGGGUCUUCCAACCCGAUCUGUCCCACUUGUCACCAGGUCUACUCUCUGAUCACAGAAUCACAAACUUAAGACCACAGCACUUUGCCACAAGUACAUGCCUUGGUCUUUCUGCCCCCGGAGGUUCUGGCACAACAUUCAGGGAGCAUGGCUUCAGGUUUUGUUUGAUUCUAAUUUUGUUCCUUCCAAGUCCCAACCUCUGAGCUACUGGAGCCAGUGUUGUGGAAGUGCCUUCCUGGCCAUUUGGAUCAGCUCUCAGCUUGGCUGGGAGUUUUGUACACUAGCCAGGCAGGGAAGUUGCUCCUUCCUGUGGUGAGAUUUUCUUGGGUCCAGUCAGCUGCACUGAGCCUUGGAGCUUCCAGAAGCUAUUCAGGGCUGAAGAGCCAGGUACAAAGAUCUAAACUUACUGUAAGUGAACCUGCACAAGUGGCUAUGGCUGUGUGUGAAAGCUGGUCUUAAGUGAUACACCUGACCUUGGAGUGAGGGGUGGGGGUGGGGGAGCCCGAGACAAGCUAGGAUGCUAAUGGGCCAGUGAGACAUUGAAUGUAAAAAGGUCAGUGAUUCAAUUUGGGGCUCCCAGUACCAAUAAAUAUUGUCUCCUUGGAGUUUGUUCUGAAGAAAAGUAAAGGUUUAGCCCUAUAGAAAGUUGGCUGUGAAAGGUAGAAGGGGCAAGACAGUACAGACCUGUGAGAGACUGAUCUGUCUCACCCCUUAGCUAAGCGUAGUGGGGUGAGGUAGACAGGAUCCUAGUGAGUUUGGAGAGGGGCCCUGGGAACUAUGUAAUGUGAGCAUUGGGUCAAGCAAGGACCAGAACAGCCUGCUUGGGAUUGAUUGGUAUUCCUAGCUAAGAGAGAAAGUGAAAGUGAAAAUAGUUGGGAGCUUUCCUAGAGCUGCCUUGCCCUUCCCAGAAAGAGGGCCGAGGGCCUGUAAGCAGCCCGCAAACUGGCAAAAGGAGUGUUGCUUCCCAGAGGAAAUCAGAUACUAGACUUGCUUGCUCCUGACACAUCAUGACCAUGAGACACUGCCGGAGAGCAGUCCCUAGUUCUUGGUGGGUCCUGCUUUUGUAUGUCCAUGUCAUUCUGGCCAGAGCCAUAUCUGCACCUCAGACAACUGCCACUAUCUUAACUGGAAGCUCAAAGGACCCAUGCUCUUCCUGGUCUCCAGCAGUCCCAACUAAGCAGUACCCAGCACUGGAUGUGAUCUGGCCGGAGAAAGAAGUACCACUGAAUGGAACGCUGACCUUGUCCUGUACUGCCUGCAGCCACUUCCCCUACUUCAGCAUCCUCUACUGGAUGGGCAAUGGUUCCUUCAUUGAGCACCUGCCAGGCCGGCUGAGGGAGGGUCACACAAGUCGGGAGCACAGGAAUACAAGCACCUGGCUGCACAGGGCCUUGGUGCUGGAAGAGCUGAGCCCCACCCUACGAAGUACCAACUUCUCCUGUUUGUUUGUGGAUCCUGGACAGGUGGCCCAGUAUCACAUCAUUCUGGCCCAGCUCUGGGAUGGGUUGAAGACAACACCCCCGCCCCCCUCUCAAGAAACCCUCUCCAGCCACAGCCCAGGACCCAGAUCAGCAGGCCCAGGGAUUGAAUGAAGCCAAGCACAGCAUGACCGCAGCCUGGCUGUCAUCCACCUGGAGGGUGAAGUCUACACCAUAGGCAAACUCCAGCUUCAUUUCUACCUAGGCUAUCGUAGUGAUUAAGUCUUUCGAGUUCUUCCUGCUUGUCCUUCUGUCCAUCCACCCUGCUUACCUUUCUGAUGUCUUACUCAUCCCAGUGUUGUUCUGGAGCCUCUGAGACCUGAUGGUGCCUUAGCCAAGUGAUAGCUCUGUCUGCUCAUACUCAACAUAUGAACUUGAUGCCUCCCUGGCAGACUCCCCACAGGCUGACUAACCGGAAGCCUAGGUGAGACGUAACUGGCGGCACGCACGCUCAGCUCUGACCACUAUCUGCACUUCAGUCUUACAGGUGAUUUUGUUUAACUAGUUUGCCCCCAGUAUACUGUUCCUAAGGAAGAGAGGGGACCAUGGCUGCUUCAGAUCACAAUCGUAUUUGUCAAUCUGUGUCUCCACAGGGCCCACAAUAAGUCCUCAUAAAGCUGCAGCAUCUCAA